AUGCAACGAUUGACUCCGAUUAUUCUGUGUUCUCUCUUGGCUUUGGGCACUUGCCAAUUGCCUCCAGCGGCCCAAUGGCCUUUCUAUGGCCGAUAUUUCUCUCCAGCUAAACCACUCAUCACUGAGGGAGUGAUGGCGCCCGUUGUCGCACCAGCCCCUUUGUUGGCCCCGGCUCCCAUUUUGGCUGCUCCCGCUCCAGUCUUUGCCGCUCCUCCGCCACCACCAGUUUUUGCCGCUCCACCACCAGUUUUCGCUGCUCCACCACCAGUUUUUGCCGCUCCACCACCAGUUUUCGCUGCUCCAGCUCCAGUGUUGGCCGCCCCAGCACCAAUCCUUGCCGCCCCGGCUCCACUCUUCGCCGCUCCCAUCCCACCAGUGGCUGUCCCAGCUCCCGUCGUUGCCCCAGCUCCAUUCCCCGGAUACCCAGUUGCUCCCGUUGGACAAGCUCCUCCAGUCCCAGCCCCAGCCUUGAACCCAUGCGGUGCCCCAGGAUGUGCCCUUCCCCCACCACCAGCUCCUCCAGUCUACGCUCCCAUCCCGCCACCACCAGUCCCAGUUAUGGCUGCCCCAGUUAGACCGGUGUUCGCUGCCCCGGCUCCAGUCUUGGCCGCCCCAGCACCCCUUCUUGCCCCACCAGCCCCAUUGGUAGCUCCAGGACCAGUCUUGGCCGCGCCGGCUCCAGUUCUCGCCCCGCCAGCACCAUUGCUCGCUCCAGCCCCAAUGGCUCCCCUCCUUGCCCCGGCACCGCUGUUGGCCCCAGCUCCAGUCUUGGCUCCACCUGCCCCAAUCUUCGCCGCCCCAGCACCCGUCGUGCCUGCCUAUGCUCCGUUCGCGCGAGCAGCCGUCUUUAUUGGAGCGAACAAAGCAAAGAAAAAC